GGCCAUGGCUCGCUUCGUUGCCGGCUAGAGCCGCCUUUUCUCUCUUGGCCUGCGAAGUCAUAUGCGGGGUUGCUGGUUAUCAGCCUCGAGCUCAAACCAGACGUGCUCCGGCCGCCUCGUCUCCUCGCCCUCAUACAAUGUCCAUCACCUACAUUCAUGCAUACAACAGGGGCACUGCGACGCCGCCAGGAGCUGAACGUGCCAUGAUUUAUGUACCUCGUUCGACACAGCUGCUGUGAGUGGUUUGCCCUUUCGCCCGCCCAGCUGACUGUCCAGCAGCGGACACUUGACGAAUCCAACCGAUCUCCCCAGCUGCAACAAAACGUGACAGACACGACACACCACACAUGAGCACUUGGUGGUUCAAUAUUUGGUGUCUGUCCGUGGACCUCUGUCUUUGCACUUGCUGGAAAUUGAACGCGCCUGUCGCGUUGCACGCCUAGGGUCCCUCCCCUCGUGCUUACUCUGUCAGUGUAUGAGUCCCCACACACAACGAGACUGCAUACCUGCACACACGACACAACACAACACAACACACAAAUGGCCGCAGUUGGGCACAUCCAUCCGUCCGUCCAUCCAUCAAUCCAUUUGUGCCUUUUCUGUGCGCACCGUGUGACGUCGCUGGGGUUGUCCUGUGUCAUGGCAGCACUCCUGGCGGCACUGAUGGGCAUGCACGGGAAAUUCCGGUCUUCGUUUCGGGCAGCACCGUUGUUGUAGGACGUGCCGACGUUCUCCAGACACUGCCGACAUCCGGCGCGACACGCACAGACGAUGUUGCCUCCACGUGGGUACCAAGAGGAUGGAUGCGCCAACACAACGCACCUCGUAGCAGAAGAAGUGAUUGCAGAUGAGGCGGGUGAGGUCGUCUUGGUGGCCGGUGGGUCCAGGCCGGUGGGACGGUGUAGACCGGGAUGGUGACGAGAUCCGGCGCUACAGAGAUCCGGCGCUCAGCGGAGCAGACUGCAAGUCGGCCACUGCAGGUGUUUUCUUGUCAGUCAAGCGGCGCUUGUCUGCUGCCCGUCUGAUGACGUGGUUACCUGCAACACUACACAUCCAUCGGUAAUGGGCUGGCUUGGCGUCUGCCUCUCUGACUCACUCACCCACUGACACUCGACACUCGGACAAAUGCUGAGUUCCUGCAACACACAUCCAGACACACUGGAGAGGACAGCGAUGAGUCAUUUACGCACUCCCACAAAC